AAAUGGCGGAUGGGACGUCUUUGAAGAAAGCAUCAAAAAGUGAACUGUUUUCGUGGGUAAGAAAGGCGUAAUUGACCUUAAAUGUAACUGCAACCAAAAGCAAACAAGGAAUUACAAUCAAAUUAUUUGCAUCGUGGUAUUUAGGGGGCAAACAGCUAUGGACAACUUUGUUGUGGCCACAAGAACGAUGUCUCAUUUCCGGAAAACGUCGGUGCAAGUUGUCACCUAAAAAACAGUGUUGUAGCGGCGAUAGAAGGAGGUGGAGGACAUACAGCAAUUAUCACAGUGAUGCUGUUCAGUGAUUUACUAAGAUCAUGAGCGUAAAGGAAGUGAUCGCCAAGCUGUGAUUGUUGAACAACUUGUCCUUAUUAGUACCAAAUAAAAUGUAUUGGGAAGAGUGUAGAGAAUAUGGGUACUGAUGUUAGGAUGUAAAGGUUAAAGGAGCAUGAUUCCUUCAAAAGAAGACACGUCAGUUGUAUUUCAGAUCCUUUGAUGACACUUUGGAUUAAACGCCAUUUUUUCUGGAUUAUGACCAUUUAGGGAGGGAGUUUUUGAAAUCACAGGACCUGAAUCAGGUACUGUGGUAAACACCAAGUUAAGUACUGAGUUGGAUCUUUCCAUAUUCUUCUUCUUGUAGAUAAUUUUGUGCAUGUAAUUCAUCUGUAAGCAAGACGUCCACCCAUUUUCUUUGUUGUUCAAUGCAAUUUUCUCUCUCUUUCAUAGAACGAGAGCCCACUGUGUUCCCAGCAAAUGCUGGCCUAAAAGUAACGCUCUGCUCCUGUACCAUACUUUUAACUGUGCUUUGGGACAAGGGCAAGCUGUUCAUGUGUGGUUGGAAUAACAAAGGUCAGCUGGGACUUGGUGAUACAGAGGAUCGUCAAAUUUUGUGCCAUGUUCAAGGUCUCAGUUGUGUCAAAACAGUUUCAUGUGGAUGGAAUCAUACCUUAGCUGUUACUGAUGCCGGUUUGUUUGUUUGGGGCUCAAAUGCAUUUGGACAACUAGGUAUAGAAAAACUUGGUGGUCACAUGACCACACCUGCAAAAUCUCAGUAUUUCACAUAUGAAGAAGUCAUCAGUACUGCAGCAGGACUAAGGCAUUCUCUGGUUGCUUUGGCUAAUGGAUCUGUGUGGUCUUGGGGAGCAAAUAAGAAGGGACAGCUUGGCAUUGGGAAAACUGGUGGCAAUUGUUCAACUCCACAACAGGUCUUGUUCUCAGAUGGUCAGCAGAUAAUUGAAGUUGUGGCAGGAGCAUACCAUUCAGCAGUAUUAACAACUUCAGGUCAUGUCUUCUGUUGGGGCUCAAAUCAACAUGGACAGUGUGGCAAACCUCCAGAUAUCCAUUCAACUGAACAUCAAAUAUUUAUUAAACCACAGUUGAUUGGUGGAUUAUUAACAAGUGUUACUGUUACACAAGUCCACACAGGCUGGAGCCACCUGCUGGCUGUCACAGAAGACAUUAAAGUGUUUUCAUGGGGCCGUGCUGAUUAUGGUCAGUUAGGUUUGGGUGAUGAUGUGGUACAACUCGGCUUUAGUAGCGAACCAGCAGAGGUUGUUCGUGUCAGGGGAGCAAAUCAGGUUUUGUGUGGUGCUGAACACAACAUGGCUCUUUUAGAUUCUGGUUCAGUCAUGACUUGGGGUUGGAAUGAGCAUGGAAUUUGUGGUAGUGAAGAUGAAACUCGAAAUGUUCAUCAACCAAGUGUGGUUUCUAAGCUGCAUGAUUAUAUCACCUCUUUAAUUGGAUGUGGAGGAGGACACAGUUUUGCUGUUGUUAAGGGAUAGCGAUUUACCCACAGCUUAGAAGGAAGGCAUGGUCAUUGUUACACACAAUCUUGAAGAUGUGGUGACCAGUACCAGUACCCGGUUUAGUACUGGCUGAGGUUGAUUUGGUGGAUUGGAUUUCUGCUGGUUGGAAGCACCAAGUUUAAAACAGAUCUUGUCAGUCAGUCAAUUUCCUAUGAACAAAGUAAGGCCAUCCACGUUCUAACCUUCACUUGAAACAUGGCCCUUAACAAGGAGUCAUUUUAACAAUUGGAAAGUGCUUUACUGGCCAUUGCCAGCGUAAUGAGAGAGGGUCAAGUGAGGGGGUAUGUGAGGAUCCUCUGCCGAGAGUAGGAAAAUUUUGACUGUUGGAUUGAGGUGCCCGUGAUUGGUGUUCCUAUAUUUGUAUAAAUAGUACUUUCUUGGUUGGAUUUUUGUGCAGAGCUUAAUAAUAUAGACAUUAUAAAAAGAAACACUGCUUCGGCAAAGCCGUUACAAACAUAUUUGGUGGUAUUAUUAUACAUUCAACUCACUAUCUCUUUUCUGAUUGGCCGAAAGCGUACUGUGAUUUUUCGAAAUCAGCGCCAAGGACCUCAUCUAGCUGCAGAUUAUACAAUAAUCAUUUCAAGGACACUCGAGGUCACGGGUAAUCAUGUCAUGUAUGACCGUGGUGCAUGAUUUCUAGGGGUAAUCAUGUUAAGUUGGCACGCUCUGUGUUGCUUGCUGAUUUGUAUAUUUUUACACGUUUAGAACUGAAUUAUCAGUUCCACUUAUUAUUGUGAUUAUUCUUUUUCCG